AUGAAUAAUCCAGCGGAUCAAAAUUUUCCUGUUUCUAAGCACAGUUCUUCGGGUUCAAACGAAGGUGAACCUGCUAAAAAAAUCCCUAAAAGUUCAAAAAGCUUUCAGAUGACAUGGUUCGAUGAAUUUUCCUCUAGGAGAGAGUGGGUGGUUCCAUUAGCCGAUGAAACAAAGUUUCAGUGUAAAAUUUGCAAAAAUCGUUGUUAUGUGGAAAAUCGGAAAUUCAAAAACUCUUCUAAUGUAACUGCCAAUUCUUUUGAUGUUGAUUCUCUUGCAGCAAGUUCUUUCAAUACAGAUUUCUCAGAAUCUGAAAGUCCGCAAUUUGGUACUUUCAAACAAAAGGUUCCAGAAGCAGAGAUUAGGAUCACUGCGUUUUUCAUGGAACAUAAUCUUCCAUUUAGGAUUUCCUCGGACUUAAUACGACUUUUUCAAGACAUGGAACCUUCGGUUUUAAAAAAUGUUAAAUUGGGCCACAUUAAAAUGGUCUUAGUUGCGAAUAACGUCGUUUGUGCUGCUGGAACUGAUCGCAUUUCCAAUAUUUUGCGCAAGCAAUCAUUUGCAGUGUACGAAGACGAAACGAGCGAUAGGACUCUUGAAAAGUGGUUGUCGUUAAUGGUUCGAUAUGUAGAACCCAUGACACUUUCCGUCAGAGUAGAAUGA